GAGGCACAGAAGCAUUGCAAUACAGUACAAGCAAUGGCUGAUGAAUUUGAUGACUUGGAUGACUACUUGGAUGAGUUUGAUGAAGAAAUCUUGUCUCAAGAGCCUGGUGCAACCGUGAUAGACAAAAAGGGAGGAGCAGAGUCAAACUUAAAAUUGAGCAACAAUGACAAAGCACCGGCAGAAGAAAAAGAAUCAGCAGACAUAAAAGAGUUUGCGGCAGCUGCAGGACUGGAUCCGCAGUUUUCGAAACAGCUUGAGGAUUUCAUGAGUAUGUUGGACCCCCAGGGGACUGGUAACGAACUAAACUCGUUGCUCAGUGAGCCCGACAUUGGCGAAAAGGGGAAAACGACGGUCAAUGGCAAAGAAAACGGGUUUCAAGAUACAGUGAAUGAAACCAUAAAUAGACUAAAGACAUCUUCACAACAAGUUGAGGAUGAGUCUACACAAAAGAUGGAUAAGAACGAAGAAUUGCUAACUACAUUGCUCAACAGCAUGGACAUCGGUGGUGACGAAAGUCUGGAAGGAUUUGACGAAUUGAAGGAUCUACUAUCAGAAAACAACGGGGGUGCCAUGGGAGCUGGCGAUGGAGACGUGGAUAAACUUACCAAUGUCAUUAUGAAGAUGCUAAAUAGGUUGACAAGCAAAGAGAUGAUGUACGACUCAGUCAACACAGCUGUUACCAACUACCACGAAUACUUCAAAGACUUGAAAAACAGUUCGAAACCUAGCGAAGACAACGAAGACUACAAACGAUAUGUGAUGCAGCUGAAGCAUUUGGAGAACGUUAAGAACAAAUUUGAUGAUAGCAGCUACAACGAGGAAGAUCCUGAGACUAGGGAUUACAUCGACCAAGAGAUGGAGAACUUCAACAAAAUUCUACCUCCGCCACCUGGAGUUAUCCAGGACAAUCUAGCUGAUAUGGGGCUUGACAACGUCAAGUGGAGCGACAAAGAGAUCCCAACCGACUUGGAAGGGUGUGUGCAGCAGUAAUCUAAUCUAAGUAAUCAAGAUCAAAACAGCAACGUAAUCCCAGAAGAAAUUUCACUACUCUACAGUACUACUUUUUAUUCUAAACACAGUAACAAUCAGACAUCCAUGGAAGGUCUAUGGGCGGUCACCGAGGUGUCAAGGCCAAGCAAGAUGGGUUCGUGCCGGCCUUAUCCGACAUCACUACCGUGGAAACUGCGAAUGUAAUGGUAGCUAUUCAUCAUAUGAAACUGUGUAUAG